AAACAUUUUAGUCACCAAGUAUGAGAGAGGAAUUGAGCCUCCGUCGUUUUAUGUUUGAUUUCAGACAAGUAUAUGUAUAAUUAGGACAUCGAAUAAUGUUUAUCGACGCUCUUAGAUAACCUGACUGUAAUAGACACGUAGUCUGUAGAGCAGACUGACCAUAUCAGACAGUUUGAAGUGGAGCUCUCAAACCGCAGGGCACAGCUGCUACGAGCGGACCGCAAAGCGUUUUGGACCAUAACCACCCAUAAAUAAUCUGUCUUCCAGAUGAUGGAGGAUUUCUCUGGUUUGGCUUUGCCUCCUCUGUUUGGAGGACACAUUUUGGAGGCAGAGCUGGAGCCUGGUGGUGUGGAGCUGGGACCAGGAGAGGUGGAGCUGGGCCCAGGGGGGAAUGAGCUGCUGGAGAGUACAGCACAGGAGGAUGAGGAGAGAAGAGCCCUUGAUAAGAGGAAAUAUCUGGCUUUGAGCAGAAGAUGUAAAGAAAUUGAACAGGUUAAUCAGAAGAUUCUUGGUCGCCUUCACCAAGUACAAAGAAUUACACGGCGCUUAAAGAAAGAGAGGAGGUUUCUCAUGAAGACUUUAGAUGCACAUGGGGAUGACUAUAGAAAUGCCCAGCUCACUAUUGUUCUAGAGGAUGAGCCUGGAGUCCAUUUAGAUCAUACUGCAGGAGUAGAGGAUGACCCGCUCAACGGCGUGUCUGGUUCCACUUCAUCUGCAGCUUUGCAUCGCUCUGCUGUACCAAAGAAGAGGAGACAUCGAAUUCCGAGGCAGGAAAAGGAUAAAGAUCAACAGACUGAACCAGACAUGUCAAUGUUGGCAGAGACACAGUUUGGAGAAAUUCCCAGUCCAACCUCUCUGUCUCACUGAUCAUUGCACUGUUCUGGAAAUGAUGAAGAAGAAGCACGAAGCAUCCAGUUUCUUUCACUGUUCAGUAGAUAUACUGCUUCUGUUCAGCCGGGUUUUGCACUGUUUGUCUUUUCACUUGAACAUAGUGAACGGAGAGAAUGAGGAAGUGAAGCUGAAAUGUUAUUCACCUGGUACAUAAUGUAUAUACACCUGUUUUGUAUAUAUUUUUGUUUCAUAAUAUUUUGUAACAAGAGUUGAUAACAUAACAAAACAUAAUUGUGGCAAACUGUGUGCACUGUCAUGGCCAACUUUGUUUGGUAAAUACAUGGCAACCCAGAUAUAAUUAUUGUGGGGGAGGAAACGAGACUUAUUAAUUGCGCUGACUAUAUAUUCCUGGAUGCUAUCAGUGAUUUCAUGGUUUAUGAUUUUAUAUCAGCAAGCAGAGUCAUGAUUAGUAUUAAAGUAUCAUAGACUGCAAUUUAUGACAAUUUUUUUUUGUUAUUUUAAAGUUUUAAAGCUUGUGUAUUUACAUUUUAAAAAGUUAAGAUCACAUCACAUUUUAACUUUAACAACUGAUACAAUGUGUGGCUUUUUCUGUUUCUAUACACAAGUUAUAAACGUUGUUUAAGUUUUGAGGUAGAAAUAAAAAGUGUGUGUGUCA